GUUGAAAAGGACAGGUGAGCGGCCACUCAGAGGAACGCAGGGAGUGUGAAUGUGAGAGGAAAACACCUCUGAGAAGGACUUGGAUACUGGAAAUUGUAAAAAAAACCUUUUACCAUGUUGAUAAGACAACAUAUCUUUGUCUAAGAGGAAUUUUUUGGUGACUUUACUGCACUGGAUUUAAAGAAAAACAACAGACAGGACACCAGAUCAUGGACUCUACUUGAACAGCUCAAUAAUAUAAAACGCCUGGACAUUUUAGAGACCGAAAAUGGGAACGCGCUGGUUUUGGUUGUGUUUGUGCGGCUUGGGUUUUGUCGCUGCUCCGUGUCGAGGACAUUGUCUGAAAGGGGUUACAAUCAAUGUGAUCCUGCUGGAGGAUGAAGAGUCUCCCUGGAGUCUGAGGUUUGUGAGGGGACAAAUAGAGAAGGCCAUAGAGACAGAUUCAUCCAUUAAUGCUGCAGAAGAUGCCAGCUUUAAUCUCACGGCUAACUACGGCGGGUUCAACACAACCAUUUAUCGACACAAAGGCUGCCAGAGUAGCGCGUGUGAGGGAGUGGACGAGCUAAAGCUGCUACUAAGUUCAGGCACCCUGGGAUGUGCAGUGAUUGGGCCCACCUGCACCUACGCUACUUUCCAAAUGGUUGAUGUUGAACAAGGUCUAAGGCUCGGUACGCCCAUCAUCUCUGCGGGGAGUUUUGGUCUCUCCUGCGACAACACGCUCAACCUGCAGCGCAUCCUGCCUCCAGCACGCAAGAUCUCUUCCUUUUUCAUCAACUUCUGGAAAUACAGCAACAAUUUAAAACCUAGCUGGAAGACGACCUAUAUUUACAAGAAGCAGAUCAACAGUGAGGAUUGCUUUUGGUAUAUCAAUGCACUCGAUACAGACACAAGCAAGUUUGUCGAAAGCAUUCAGAGAACGUCGCUGCGCAAACCAGAGGAUCUGGAUGCAGCUCUGAAAGCAGGCAACAGGUCGAGCAACGUGUUCAUCAUGUGUGGAUCCCCGAAGGACGUAGAGGAGGUGAAGAAAAUCUCCCAAGCAGACAGCAAAGAUAUUCUCUUCGUCCUUAUUGAUCUUUACAAUGAUCAAUAUUACAUCAACACCACGUCACUGCCGUCCAUGAAGAACGUGUUGGUGGUGACGAUGCCCAACACCAGAAAAUACGUGAUCAACACCGACCUGACAGACAACAACACGAUGAAUGACUACAUGGCUGCGUACCACGACUCGGUGCUGAUGAUAGGCGACGUGAUGAGAGAAAUCCUUGAGAAGAAUCACUCGAACGCUCAGCAGAUGGAGUUUGUCAACGUGACUAAGUUCAGAAACACCUCCUUCAACGGAAGUGCGGGAACAUACAAGCUGGACCAGCAUGGAGACAGAGACGUGAAUCUGUCGGUCAUUUACACCACCAAUAACAACAAGUACCGAGUUUUAUUCGAGUUCGACACCGAGCUCCAAGUCACCAAAGUGAUUGAUGCGGCCCCUUCCUUCAUCUGGGGAAAAACACUUCCUGAAUCCACCCCAGACCAAGCUUUGGCUUUUCACGAUAUUAUCGUCAUUGUGUUGGCGGUAACGGUGGUUGUCGUGGCCACCAUCGCCUUCAUCUUCUACAGACAGAACCGGAGGGACCGGCUGGUGAGGAAGCGCUGGUCUCACAUCUCCUCAGAUCUCGUCACACCGCUGGAGAACAACGAGCUCAGCAUCGUCUCCCUUAAGAUCGACGACGAGAGGAAAAAAAGGAAAUUCCAUAUCCGACGAGCUCACUACGAUAAGAAGAUUGUGAUCCUGAAGGAGCUCGAGCACUCAGACGGGAACUUCAACGAGACGCAGAUGAUUGAACUAAACGACCUCAUGCAGGUCGACUAUUACAACCUGACAAAGUUUUAUGGCACGGUGAAGUUUGAUGAGGGCGUGUUCGGAGUGUUUGAGUACGGAGAGCGGGGGUCGCUCAGGUAUGUGCUGAACGAUAAGGUUUCAUACCCGGAGAACACCUUCAUGGACUGGGAGUUCAAGAUCUCCGUCAUGUACGACAUCGCCAAGGGCAUGUCUUACCUGCACUCCAGUCACAUCCAGGUUCACGGCCGCCUUAAAUCCAUGAACUGUGUGGUGGAUAACCGCAUGGUGGUGAAGAUCACAGAUUUUGGCUGCAACAGCUUCCUCCGCCCCGGGAAAGACCUGUGGGUGGCUCCGGAGCACCUGAGGUGUCAGGGCACGUCUCAGAAAGGAGAUGUUUACAGUUUCGCCAUCAUCGCUCAGGAGAUCGUCCUGAGAAAAAGUACCUUCUACACCGAACACUGCUCCAACCGAGCGGAAAAGCUUGCUAAGGUCAUCAUGUCGUACUUCAGGCCGGACCUUAACUUUGAGACAGCUUCAGAGAAAGAGUUAGAGGUGUACAUGUUGAUAAAAAGCUGCUGGGAGGAAGAUCCGGAGAGAAGACCCGACUUUAAGAGGGUGGAAAACUGUCUGGGGAAAAUCAUCAGUAAAAUUCAUAACCAGGACAACGAGAGCUACAUGGACAACAUGAUCCGACGGCUGCAGAUGUACUCCAGGAACCUGGAGAACCUGGUGGAGGAGAGAACGGUUCUCUAUAAAGCCGAGAGGGACAGAGCAGACUGCCUCAACUUCAUGCUGCUGCCCGGCCCAGUGGUGAAGAGCCUGAAGGAGUCGGGCGUUGUGGAGCCGGAGCUUUACGAAGAAGUGACGAUUUACUUCAGCGACAUCGUGGGCUUCACCACGCUGUGUCAGUACAGCACGCCCAUGGAGGUGGUGGACAUGCUGAACGACAUCUACAAGGGCUUCGACAGCAUCGUGGACCACCACGACGUAUACAAGGUGGAGACGAUCGGCGACGCCUACAUGGUAGCCUCCGGGUUGCCGAGGAGAAACGGGAACAGGCACGCGGUGGAUAUCUGCCGCAUGGCGCUGGACAUUCUGGCGUUCAUGGGAACGUUCCAGCUCCGACACCUGCCCGGCAUCCCUGUGUGGAUCCGCAUCGGAGUCCACUCAGGUCCGUGUGCAGCAGGUGUUGUGGGGCUAAAGAUGCCCAGGUAUUGUUUAUUUGGAGACACGGUGAACACGGCGUCACGUAUGGAGUCCUCAGGACAUCCGCUGCGGAUCCACGUCAGCCAGCCCACUAUAAAUAUCCUGCAGAGGACCGACUGCAAGUUCGAGUACGAGAUGAGAGGAGAGACCUUUCUGAAGGGUAAAGGCACAGAGACGACCUACUGGCUGACAAACGAGACGGGAGAAGACUACGACCUGCCGACGCCUCCAACGGCGGAGAACUUCCAGCGGCUGCAGCAGGACCUCGCCAACAUGAUCCUGGCCUGUUUGGAGCGGCGCUCUCGGGGAUCCAUCCGGAGGAAGAAGCCACUCACGAGUCAGAGCCGGGAGGAAGACGAGGAGUCGGAGCAAGAGUCAGAGAGCCAUCUUCCUGAGUACCUGCACCUGGCCACCGUGGACAACACACUCAGUACUUUCCUGUAGUACUACACAGAGUACUUCUACUGUAGUACUGCACGGAGUACACAGAGUACUUCAUUGUUUCUAAAAGUCACUUUAGACAUCCUUUACACAGACUUUUCCUAGUGCGUUUCUUCCUUCGAGUGAUGAGUUUUACUCAUGUUCUGAUGAUGCAUCUGGCUCCUGAGGCUUUGAUUUAUCAAUAUAAAAUGAAGAGGUCUUCCCACAUAGAAGACAAAGCACAUAAAGGCCUUUACUUGAGUCAAAACCUACGUAAAAUAACGCUUUUGUCUUUAUUUUUCUGUUUGAUAAACGUUAGAAAGUUGAACGCUUUAUCUUUAGUGAUUCCUAAAGUACUAUGUCUGAAUAAAUGUAGGGAAUCCAUUCAUUAAGUGUGCCAAACUGUAGGCAUGUUAUCUGCUUUGUUUGUCAUUUUGUAAAACACUUCUAGCAAAGCUGCAUGCGUAUGUACAUUUCCCCUGCCUGAAACGAUGAUUUUUAUAUUAGUACCUUUUCUUUUUUGGAGCAUUUAUACAAAAACUCAGCCACAGCUGCACCAUUAGCUGUACAUUUCAACCACUGACAUUAGAGUGAGAUCAUUUAGGAUGAAUAUUUUGACAAUCACGGUUGUAAUAAAAUGAGAUUUCCGUAUCAGUUUUUUAAACCAAAGGACAAAGAUUUAUUUGUUGAGAAUAAUGACAUUCAUGUACAUUAAAUAAAAUAACAUAAAACAACC